CUGCUGUGUAAAACUCUUCUCUUCAUUACUGAUCUGUGUAAAUACAUAUAUAUGUAUGUAUAUUCACAUAGAGUGCAUAUAUACUUUGAAUUGUAGAGGCGUUUGCUUUAGCAAAUGCAUCAAAUUACUUUCUGACAAUCUCAUUAAGAAAUGGCAUAUGGGCUUAAAACUGUAGAGGGUCUGCUUUAGCAAAUGCAUCAAAUUAGUUUUUAAAAGUUUCAUUUAAAAAAUGCAUAUGGAACCGAGGUCGAUCGUAACUGCUUUUACAUAGCAACCCAUAACCAGAACUCAUAUCCAAGCGCACACAUUAAAGUACUGGUCAGGGUAUUUUCUAGUCGUCCACUACUGACAAGAGCAUGCAUACUUGUUUGCUUAUAGCUUAUUACCAUAAAGAAUUUUUGUUUAUGUAUCUCAAGUCUUUUGAUAACUUAAGUUCAAAGUUUUCUAUUUACAAAUAUUUUCCUAAUAAAAUUAGUUGUGCCUAUGUAAAAACUCGCUCGAUUUGAGUGUUUAGCUAGCCGAGCAUAAUGUAUAAAGAAUUUUAGCUGAACCCAGUGGCCAACACCAUAAACUUAUAUGGAGAUCCUGACCUCCUAAACGUGCCGGAGCAGGCGCUAUAAAUGCCACAGAGUUAUAGCUCUGCUACCUAGUCUAAACUAUUUCUUCCAACUGAUAUGUCCGCCACAAUUUCGCUCAUCGCAUGCGUCCUGGUCGCGUUCUAUCUGUGGAUGCGGCACUGUUUCUCCUAUUUCAAACGACGUGGCAUUGCGCAUGAGGAUCCCCGGCCAGUGUUUGGCAAUGUUUUCGGCUGGCGAAUCACUCAGCACACCUCGCAAAUGCUGCAGAAGCUCUAUGUGAAGUACAAGGACUCUGGUCCGCUGUUCGGCAUAUAUUUCUUCAUGAAGCCCUUGUAUGUGGUUACGGAUAUGGAUCUGUUGAAGCAGAUCUUCAUCAAGGACUUCAGCAACUUUGACAGCCGAGGCCUGUUCUACAAUGAACAGGACGAUCCUCUCUCGGCGCAUCUCUUUGCCAUCGACGGUCCCAGGUGGCACAAUCUGCGGCCACGCCUAACGCCCAUCUUCAGCGGAGCAAAGAUGAAGCUGAUGUUCCCAUCGAUGCUGCGCAUUGCCCGCGAGCUGUCCAGUGCGGUGCAUGAGCGGUGUGGCGGACACGUUGCCGCCUUGGAGGUGACCAAGCUGCUGGCCUGCUACACGAUGGACACCAUUGGCAGCGCCAUCUUCGGCCUGGAGUGCAACAGUUUGCGCGACGCCAAGGCGCCCUUUGUGCAGAUGGGCCUGAACGCGAUGCUGAAGAAGCGCAUCGACUACCUGUUCUGCUUAUUCUUUCCCGAGCUCAGCCUCAAGCUGCACAUCAAGCGGACGCCAGCCGACGUGGAGGCCUUCUACAUGCGGCUGGUCAAGGACACCAUCAGCCACCGGGAGGCGCACAACAUUAAGCGCAACGAUCUCGUUGACAUCAUGGUGGAGAUGAAGCAGAAAUACGAGCGGGGCGACACAGCCGAGGGCCUGACCAUCAACGAGAUCGCCGCCCAGAUGUACGUCUUCAUUGUGGCGGGCUUCGAGACGACGGCCACAGCUCUAGUCCUAGCCCUGUACGAGCUGGCGCGGCAUGAGGACAUUCAGUGCCAGCUGAGGGAGGAGAUUGAGGAGGUCAUUGCCAACUACGGAGAGAACGGAGAACUCACCUACGAGGCCAUGCAGAAGAUGAAAUACCUCGAGCAGGUGAUGUCGGAAACCCUUCGCAUGUAUCCCGUUGCCUCGGAGCACCUGCGCCGUGUCAAUGCACACUUUGAGGUGCCCAACUAUCCCAAGCACUAUUUACCAGCUGGAUCUCAGCUGGUCAUACCCGUCUAUUCCAUCCAUCAUGAUGCGACCUAUUACCCGGAACCGGAAGAGUUUCAGCCUGAGCGCUUCACCGAGGAGGCCAUACAGCAGCGGCCCACCUGCGCCUACCUGCCCUUCGGCCAGGGGCCUCGCAUCUGCAUUGGCAUGCGAUUCGGCCGCAUGAAGCUGGCCGUGGGUCUCAUCACGCUGAUACGCAAUUUUCGCUUUAGCCUAGCGCCCGACACCCCGCAGCCGAUGCAAUUCAAGAAUCACUCAUUCCUGCUGCAUCCCAAGGAAUUCCGGCUGCAGUUGGAGCCAUUGAGCUAGAAGCUACGGUUAAAAUUUCUAGUUAUCUA